CCUAUUGGCAAACUUCACCCCACGCCUAGCUUUCACAUUCUUUAUAAGGAUCAAGUCAAAGAGCAAACACUGAUUUCACCAAACUAGAUUUCAGAGCCAUUUUACUCAUUAUAAGCUAAUACUAUGGAGCCUCUGGGGAGCAUCACAAUUUUUCUGAUUAUCUGUAUCUCAUGUCUUCUUCUGCUUGCUUUCAAGAGCAAGAACGCAAGGUAUGGGAAGCUACCACCUGGCCCAACACCUCUGCCCAUCAUAGGGAAUAUUCUACAGUUGAAGAUCAACAACUUGGACAAGGCUCUCUGUGAGCUUAGUGAGAAGUAUGGCCCUGUGGUCACAUUGCAUUUUGGAGCAGAACGUGUUGUGGCAAUGUUUGGCUAUGAUACAAUAAAAGAAGCACUGGUUGAUCAUGGAGAUGAAUUUGUUUGGAGGGGAAACUUGCCAAUAUUUGACAAAGUCAAGAAGGGACAAGGAAUUAUACUCAGUAAUGGGGAGAGAUGGAAGAAACUUCGACGUUUUGCCCUCACCACCUUGCGCGAUUUUGGAAUGGGAAAGAAAAGCAACGAAGAAAGGAUCCAGGAGGAAGCGCAAUGUCUCCUGGAAAAGUUAAGGGACACACAGGGAAAGCCCUUUGAUCCAACUUUUCUAUUCAGCUGUGCUUUGUCCAAUGUCAUCUGUGCCAUUGUCUUUGGAAACCGAUAUGAUUAUGAUGACAAGAAAUUCCUAAAGAUGACCGGCUUCAUAAAUGAUUCCUUUGCUGUCCUAAGCUCCCCUUGGGGGCAGCUCUACAAUUUCUUUCCCUCCUUCAUGGAUGCCCUUCCUGGACCACAUCAAAGGUUUGUGAAAAGUGAUGCAGCACUGAAAGAAUUUGUUUUGGAGCAUGUUAAACAGCACAGGGUCACUCUGGACCCCAGCACCCCUCGAGAUUUUAUUGACUGCUUCCUUCUUAAAAUAGAUCAGGAAAAAGAGAAUGGCACAUCUGAGUUCAGCAUUGACAACUUGCUUGUCUCUACAGUUGACUUAUUCUUUGCAGGAACAGAGACAAGCAGCAGCACACUGAGAUAUGGGUUGUUGAUCCUUUUGAAAUAUCCAGAGAUAGAAGAGAAAGUACAUAAAGAGAUUGAUCAAGUGAUUGGACGAACACGGAGACCUUGCCUGGCAGAUCGGGGACAGAUGCCUUAUACAGAUGCUGUUGUUCAUGAGAUCCAGAGAUUCAUCUCUCUUGCCCCACUGGCUGCCCCUCAUGCAGUCAUCAAAGACACUCCAUUUCAACAAUAUGUAAUUCCAAAGGGCACUACUGUAUAUUUUGUUCUAACGUCGGUGCUAUACAACAACAAAGAAUUUCCCAACCCUCAAGAAUUUGACCCAAACCAUUUCUUGAAUGAGGAUGGCACAUUCAAGAAAAGUGACUACUUCAUGCCUUUCUCAGCAGGAAAACGGAUCUGCGUGGGUGAAGGUUUGGCCAGAGCAGAACUCUUCCUGUUUUUCACCACUAUACUGCAGAACUUUACACUGAAAUCCGCUAUCUCUAGAGAGAACAUUGAUCUGUCUCCACUGUUUAGUAGUGUGGGCAAUGUCCCUCGACCCUAUCAGCUCUGUGUUUUCCCUCGCUGAGGAAAUCCCCACCAAAUUUUGGAAGGAAAUCACAGGAGAAGCAGACUGAUUUAUGGUUGUGAGGCUGUUUUCUAGUAUUUUGUUGGGGAGGGAAACUCAUAAAGACAUGAAAGGGGAAUUGGCUUUCUGCAAUGUUAGGAGAUGGAACUUUUGCUGAAUGAGGGAUAACUUUUCUCCUAACAGCACAUGCUAAUGGACUUUCCUGAGUUUUAUCCCUUUUUUCUUGUUCAUUGUGAGCCUUAGUCCUUUUUAUUCAUUCUCUGCAUUGUGUGUGCUUGAAUGCAACACACUGGGGAGAUAAAUGUUGUCAAAACCUCUAAAACAUGAAAACAAAAUAAAUCUAUGAAAAUAUUCAGUA